AUGUUUGGGCCCCGACCCAAACUCUCACUCGUGGUCAAGUCAAAAGUGACACCCUUUCCUGUCCACUACCCGCCCAUUUCACUGUGUGUUCGCUUGAAAGGAGCACUGCUUAAGACUUAUAUCCUGAGUAUCUUGAUCCACACAGUAAUGGAGGUGACCUUUGUUGUAGUGCAAUACUUGAUCUAUGGGGUGUUCCUCAGGGCUCUAUACCUGUGCAAGUCAUGGCCCUGCCCCAACCCUGUCAACUGCUACAUGUCACGGCCUACAGAGAAGAACGUCUUCAUCGUCUUCAUGCUGGUUGUGGCCGGUGUGUCUCUGCUGCUCUCUGUUUUGGAGCUCUACCACCUUGGGUGGAAGAGUUUAAGAAAGUGCAUACGCAAGAAAGUGAUGCAGAGAAACAAGCACAGAGCUGUGACCGUGGCCGUGACUGCAGCUUUGGAGCCCAAUAGCCCACCCCCACCCACCUGCACCCCACCUCCUGACUUCACUCAGUGUCUCGCUGACCCGAGCUCCAUGAGCCCCAUGACCGCCAUGGCCGCUCAUCCCUUCAACACCAGGAUGGUGCUGCAGCAGAACUCAGUCAACAUGGCCACUGAGCGGCACCACAGCUGUGACAACCUGGAGGACGGGCACGACUUCCUGAGGAUGCGAUAUGACCAGGCACCAAUGGAACUGCCCAACAGCUGCUCCCCAUCACCUCUGCUGCACGUAGGCUACAUGAAGGAAAAACGUCGCCUGAGCAAGACCAGUGGGAGCAGCGGCCGGGCUCGCCAAGACGACCUGGCCGUGUAGGCUCACAGCUGGAAACAAGCAAGAGAGGAGGGUGGGUUAGAUCUUCAGAAGCAAAGAGACACAGGGAUCAGUUGAACAAGAGGAUUUCAGAAGGUCAGCACUAUGCAAACUCUGUGUUUGAGGCGGAACAUUUUAAGUAUAUAUGUACAUUAAAACAAUGCUGAGAUCUGUAAACUUGACAUGUGUGAGCUCUGUGAGCAGCAGUUGGUUCCAGAGCUGGAUGAACUGACAACUACAUGUUUGGAAUGAGAACAGGGUAACAGGUGUGAUACCUGAAUAUUGCACAAUUUUAUCUUUUUCUUAAACAGUUGAUGCCAAAAACUGAAUGAAAGAGAUCAGAGUGAUGUGAUGCACGCUGCUUGGAGUGAGUUGACUUUAGGAAUCAUUCAUCAUAAAACGAAAUAUUACACACAUCUCAACUAUUCAGUAAUUGUAGAUUAUUAUUUCAUAUUAAGGAGCACAAGCACAAGUGUUUUCUCUCCCACUGCAAAAAAAUAAAAGAUGCAAUAACAGAUAAAUACGAAGAUGAUACAAUAAACUGUGAAGCGUGUUGUGCAUUUGCAAUGAAUUAAGUUUAUAAGUGCCUGCUCUAAUGUUUAUAAAAAAAUAAUCUAUUUCGACAUGAAACAUGUUUUAUAUAUUUGUUUUCCUUAAGCCACGGGAAAGCUGUGACUUUGCCACUUGUUGACUUGG